UCUCCAAAAUGGGUCGCAUUCUAUCUUUGCUGCUGCUCGCUUCCUUCGUGUCGGCCUUGGAGCAAGACCCCCUAGUCAGUGAGGCCACCAGCGCCCUCGCAGGAAACCCCGUCUUCCCCGGUUGGUACGCAGACCCUGAAGCACGCAUCUUCAACGACCAGUACUGGAUUUAUCCUACUUACUCAGCAGCCUACGAGGAACAAACCUUCUUCGACGCGUUCUCAUCGCCGGAUCUCCUGACCUGGACCAAGCAUCCAGCCAUCCUUAACUUCUCGGGCAUUCCAUGGUCCACCAACCGGGCAGCCUGGGCGCCAUCCGUGGCUCGUCGCCGACGCCCAGGCCCCGCAAACUCUAUUACCGGGUCAGGUAUCGCUGACACCGAUGCUGAGUAUGACUACUUCAUGUACUUCUCCGCCGGCGACGGCGCAGGAAUUGGCGUGGCUAAGUCGACGACUGGCCUUCCUGAAGGGCCCUUUGUGGAUGCCAUAGGCAAACCGCUCGUGCCAGAGACGGUUUUCGGUGCAGAAGCAAUCGAUGCGCAGCUCUUCCAGGAUGACGCCGACGGUGACAACCGUAUCUGGCUGUACUAUGGCGGGUGGAGUCAUGCCAUCGUAGUAGAGAUGAACGAGGACAUGGUGAGUCUGAAGGGUGAGUACCUUGAGAUUACUCCGGAGGGGUACGUUGAGGGUCCGUGGAUGUUGAAGAGAAACGGCAUCUAUUAUUUUCUGUAUAGUGUUGGCGGCUGGGGAGAUAAUUCAUACGGGGUUAGUUAUGUCACUGGUCCCUCGCCAACUGGUCCUUUCUCCAGCACGCCGACCCAAAUUCUCCGUGGAAACGAUCAGGUUGGCACCGGCACUGGGCACAAUAGUGUGUUCACACCUGAUGGCGAGGAGUACUAUAUCGUCUAUCAUCGGCGGUAUGUAAAUGAUACUGCUCGUGACCAUCGGGUGGUCUGCAUUGAUCGCAUGGAAUUUGACUCCGAAGGGAACAUCCUUCCGGUGAACAUAACCAUUGAAGGAGUUGAGGGAAGACCAUUGUCGUGAUUAGGCAUCUUCGUAAACACUUGUUAUAUUUAGGGGACGCAUAUCCUGAAUCUAUAUAAUUGACCUAGCGUUGCGUACGCAUAUGCUCCUAACACAACGCCAAACUCCGGGGUAUCUGCGAAAUCAACAAAAGGAUACUGAUGGGCAAAAAAGGGAAAGCGAACCGAGACAGGCAGAGCGUCCAUCAAA